AUGGUCUCAACACGCAGACACCCCUCCGAAUUCCCCGAAACUCCCAGCCGUACACCCACAAUCCCCUCUCGCAAUCCUGCCCGCAAAGGACAAUGGGCUCAUACUCCCUCCAACCUCACUAUCAUUUGGCUGUUCAUCUCUCUCCCACUCGUAGCAUGGGAUGCUGGAUAUGUUAUGCUUCGACCUCUUUCUAUGCCUGGAGGAUCGCUCCAUUGGCCAGUCUGGGCUCCAUAUGAAUUAUAUGGAAAGGUCGAUUAUAUAUAUGGAUGGAAGGCUUUCAAUGAACACAAUGGAUUUACGAUGGCGCAGACCUUUUUGAAUAUUAUCGAGAGUGCGAUGUAUUAUUACUAUUUGUAUAUUUUAUAUGCGUAUGGGAAAUCAUCGCCGGCUCAGGGAAGAGGUGCUCCUAAGAAUUCGGGGGUGCUUGGGGAACAGAGAUCUGUGGAUGGGAAGAUGGGGGCUUUGGCCGUUUUGGUGGGUUAUAGUGCUGCGGUUAUGACAGUCAGUAAGACGGUGUUGUACUGGAUGAACGAAUACUACUCGGGAUUUGAGAAUAUUGGUCACAAUAGUAUUCGGGACUUGAUUUUCUUAUGGAUCAUUCCAAACGGUGCUUGGAUAGCUGUCCCUUCAUACAUCAUAUAUGUCACUGGAAGUGAAAUUCUUCAAGGUUUGACAAUAGCUGCUGGCGGAGCUACGGCUUCGAAUGACGAUGUUUCUUUGGCAAAGAAUGAGUAA